AGAAAACACUGUGGAAACAGGACCCAUCGACUCAGGUCCUCAUUGAAAAUGACGCAUGGAAAGGGACGGGAUUUCAAGAAACUACCGCCGAUAACACUCGAAAACGUCAAGGCUGGGCAUCUUGAGCUUCUGCUAUUCGAGACAGAACGAGCAUGGGCGUACUCGCAGGAGUUGUACACCUCAUCCCUCCAACCCGCCAACAAAGAACACGCAGGCAAACUUCGACACAACGCAACAGGUCGUUUCCGACGUUCUCUCCAUUGGUGUACACAACUCCUCUCUCACUGUCAAAGUCUAUACAAAGCACAACGACUCUCAGCAGAGAACAUCCUCGAGAUUAACGCUUACACUCUAAUUCUCAGUGGGCGCUUUUUGCGUUUUAGAGACGAAUAUGAGGACGCACUGGACCAGCUUUGCGUUGCGAGGGGUAUUCUUGAUAAGUUAGCGGAGUGUGCGGAGAGUAGUAGAGACCAAGCUCUCGCGACGUUGUUUUCUGAUGAGAUUGCUCCGGAGAUACGUUAUUGCGCUCAUCAGCUCGGACAAGAGAACGCGUACGAUAUCGACCGUAUCGUCAAAGAAAUCGCACCGAAACAUCAACAAACACUCGUUGAAGGCUGCAGCCAGCUUGUCGAGCGACUCCGGACGGAAGGCCGUGGUGACGCUACCGUACAAGGCAGGAAACGCCUUGAGACGCUCAUGUGGGACGGAGAGCCUGUUCCGGUACGCAACCCGGAGUUGGUGGACGUUCUUCUCGAAGUACAGAAAGCAGAGGAACUGCUCAAGGCUGCGAUGAACGAUACGGGAAGGAGGCGACACCAAAAGUCCCGCAAGGGCGUCGCUGCCUUCGAUGCGAUCCUAGCAGCACUUAGCGAAGCAGAGGAAGUAGCGAGGAAGCUUGCCGAGGCGCAGAGGACAACUAGCGGCUCUGCAACCUCACCACCCGGAACUCGCGACAUCCACUUCCUACACGCAUUCAUCGUCUACCAGCUUCUCGCCCAUCGAGUCGAGCGAGACCUCACGCUCAUCGAAGCGUUGAUCUCCUCUUCUCAGUCUCAGGGACCUCGCAAGCCCGCCAAAACGACAACGACAACGAAUGCAAAAUCGAAAUCCGAUCACGCUCAUGAAACUCUUGAAACUCUUGAAACUCUUGAUGAUAAUAAGGAUAAGGAGAUCAAAUUCGACGCACGCAUAAACCCAGCAAUCGUCAAACUCCUCAACACAGUCGUCCAAACUCUCGAACACAUGCGUAGCCUAAAUAUCGUCGAAGACAACCCUGACUUGACGAAUGCCGUAGAGACGAGGUUGGAGUAUACGAAAGCUCGUAGAUGCCUUUACUUAGCACGCUCUUACGCAGCUGUAAAACAAUACACUCAAGCUCUCGUUCUCUGUCAACAAUCCCAACUAUACAUCCGAGCAACAUCCUCCUUCCUCUCUUCCUCCUUCCCUUCUCCGUCUUCAUCCUCGCCAUCUGCAUCCGCGAGGACAGGUUCGAGAGUAGACCCAUCCACAUUCUACCCCCUCACCCAACUCCUCCUCACACACCUCACCCAAACCCUCUCCACCUCCUCAGAUUCCUUCAAACGCGCCUGGUUCGCGUAUAACGGCGGAGAACCUACCAUCCCCAAAUCUUCCCCUUCCUCAACUAACGCCUCUGAAAACAAGACCGCAAAGGACCAAGGAGGAAAAGGAAAGGAGACGACGAAAGAAGUGAAAGAGGUGAAAGAAGGGAAAGAGAAGAAAGAACUAAAAAAACCUCUCUUCUUCGACAUCGCACUCAACUACGUCCAACUCGACAUGGACCGACUUCAUUCGCGCGCCGGCAUGGACUCACCCAAAGAGAACAAAGAGAACAACGAGAAAGAGAACAAAAAUAAAACACAGUCAAAGACGUCUACUGCCGAGAAACCGGCUCAGACGACGACGACAACACCAGUAACGACCAAAGCCAAAAUGGCUGAAUCGAUCGACAGACCCUCAACGCCCGAGCCCCAAUCCGAUGCCUCGCGUAGAGGUGGAUUGAGUAGUCUCCUCGGAGGCUGGUGGGGUAGGAAGUAGAAUAAAUAGGACGUAGG